AUGGUCGGGAUGAGGGGCUACGCUUUCAGGGUGCUGGCGCCGAAGGACAUUGCUGCCGUCCUGGGGAUGAUCGGAGUGCAUCCGGCAGUGACCCCGGAUGCCGUGGACAAGCCAACUUUGGAGGUUGCCAUGUCCGUGUUCCAGCACCUCGUGGAGUUCGCCUACGACAUGGACGUGGCCCAGGUGAAAGCUCAAACUCCACACCUCGCCCAGCCGACAGAGAUUUUCGACGAGGCUACUGACGUCUUGACGGUCUUCAAACUCGCCAAGCAGCUUGCGGCCAUUAACCUGGUCGAUGACUUCAGCCUCAGCGACAUAUGGGAGCCGAGCUCGAAGCGCUUCCGCGCCGUGCUGAGCGGGAUCGUCAACUUCUGCCGCUACAAGGAGGCUCAGGUGAUAGUGAUCACCGGCAUGAAGGCAGAUCUCCACUCGCUGGAUGCCGAGCGCCUCGAGCUCGUGGAGAGGACCAGCCAGGUCGGGGACGAGCUCAAUGUGGCGCGGGAGCGGCACAACCGGGAGCUGCAGGACCUCUUCGCCGCGGAGAGCGACGCGCAGGAGGCACAGGGCCUGGUGGACAAGCUGCGGCAGCAGAGGCACUCGGCCGACCGCCUGCUUGAGAGCAAGGAGGCCGUGCUGGGCGGCGCGAGGGAGCGGGCGGCCCAGAACGAGCAGCGCUGGUCGCAGGACCAGCUGCGGGAGGCGGACCUCCGCGACCAGAUCGCGGAGAGCCCCGAGGGCCUGGAGCGGGAGGUGCGGGAGCUGCACCAGGCGGUGCGCCAGCAGAAGGGGCGCCUGGAGGAGAGAGUCGACGAGAAGAGGGCCCGCGCGCAGCGCAACACCGUCCUUGGCUCCCUGGCGGAGCGCCUCAAGGGCUACAAGGAGGACCUGGCCAAGGUCCACGAGGCCGCCGGCCAGGCCGCUGCUGCCAAGAGCCACGCCUGCUCCGCGGGCGAGGAGCUGGCCGCCCUGAGGCGCGGCCUCGAGGCGCAGAGGGCCGAGGAGGCCGAGCUGGACCAGGCGGUGAAGCAGACACAGGCGGAGCUGGAGAAGGCCAAGCAGGCACACGAGGGCCGCCUGCAGCAGCUCGAGGCCCGCAGGAGGCAGGCGCUGCUGCAGCACCAGGAGCUGCAGGCCAGGCGCACGGAGGAGCAGAGGCAGCUGGCCGCACUGCAGGCACGCCGCCUGGAGCUGGACGCGGAAGUGGCCGGCGCGCGCCGCGCGCACGAGGCCGAGAUGAACGACCUGAGGGCGCAGCUUCAGCAGCUGCGCGAGGAGGCGCUUGCUUACGUCCAGGGCGUCGAGGCAGAGUGUGAGGCCUACAGCGCCAGGAUCUCGGGCAGCGUCGGCGCGCCGAGCGGCAAGCUGCUGACGGGCUCUCCGGAGGCCAAGCGCGCGCAGCGCCGGCUGGGCUACACGCCGAGCCCCCAGCGUGUGCGCUGCAUUCGGCAGCCACUCGUCCUGUCGCCGGGCGCGUAG